ACGUGGGAAGUUAUGAUGUGGUCAGAGUUGCGACACGGUGAUGCCUGGAGUUUGUGUCGCCUGGAGCUGGAGUGGUGCUGGAACCAAGGCCUUUGUCACCCGUGGUCGUGGUCGUGGUGCUGUGGGGUCCGUGGGCGAUGUGAACACUGGGAAUAUCCUGGGGCAAUGACGGCGAACACGGCUUGGACGCUCUCCAUACAAACGAGAAUCGUACUAAAAGAGUGGGUGAAGCAGCGUGACAAAAGUGAAGUUUGGCGGCGGUAUCUGAGGCCACGUCACCAACUUCUGCCUCUUGUCAAGAAAGAUCUUUUGUGCCGGCGGCGGCUGCGCAUCUGCGGCUCAGAUCCUAGAUACGGCUGAGCCCUCGACAUCUCCGUCAACAUCUUUACGGUACGCUGGAGCAACUAUACCGCUCUCUGAAUCACUGCAAUAGAGUCAUUGCUCUGGAACUUCAGAUUUUAUUACGAAUUGUAGUGUGCUUAUAAAUCAGAUAUAAAACUCAUAUAUUACA